CGCCCUCUCUGCUGCACGCAUCUCGGGUUAAUCGGAUCCGCGCCGGCGUCUGGACGCAAGAGCAAGAGGAGGAGGAAUGAAGCUGCCGUGAAGUACUCGUCGUCCGUUGUCUUGUCUCUUGUGUCCGGCCAGCCACAGAUCAGGAUGGCUGCUGCUAGUGCAAGUGAGAGUGUAUGUGCAAGCACGGGAGCAUCCCCUGCUGCUGCUCCGGUUGGCACAGGUGAAUCAGUACGUAACCCUCUACCUCUUGCUACUGUGGCAUUGAAAGAAACAACCACGAUUGCUGGAGGUGGAGGUCCUACUCCUACCAAUGUUAUCAUCAUCAAUGAAGAGAUUGGAGAAGAUGGAACUUGCAGUGCGGGAGUUGAGCCUGCUGCAAAGAGACAGAAGAAGAGUACCUCAAAGGUUUGGGAUUUUUACACCAAGAUCGAAGAGAAACACAAGAGAGAUGAUGGAACGAUAGAGAUACAAGUUUGGGUGAAAUGCAAUAAGUGCACCUACAAAACUCGUGGUGAGUCCAAUAAGGGAACAACAGUCCUUUGGAAUCAUGUGAAUGCAAGGCACGACGUAAAGAAAGGGCAGCAACAACUUAAAGUUGAAAAGAGUGAAGGUAAAGAUAAGUUGAGACUUAUAAAUUUGAUCCUGAAGUUAGCCUGAAAAAAUUAUAUCAAGGAGUGGUUAUGCAUGAGUAUCCCUUUAUGAUGGUUGAGCAUGAGUUCUUUGUUGAUUUUAUCAAGUCUUUGCGCCCUAACUUUUCAUUCAAGAGUCGUAUAACCACUAGGAAAACGAUACUGGAAAUGUAUUUAUCUGAAAAGAAGUUGUUGUUUGACCAACUUAAAACUAUAUCUUGUCGGUUUUCUGCAACUAUGGAUAUGUGGACUUCCUUUGUGUUUUGGUAAA